CCAGCACACAGCUCUUGAAAGCUACCAGCCUCGUGAAAAGAGAACAGAGAACAGAGAACAGAGAGGCUAGUGGGAUACAAAUUACAACUAACUCAGGAUUUGCCCGAGAGACCGGCUGAGCUUGAAGACUUGAUUUUUGAGGAGUAAAAUCAAGAGGAAACAAUGACAGAUGAUCAAGACCUUUCUGAAGUAGAAAUGAGUCCUGUGGGUUCUGAAGACCAUCACUGCCUUUCACCAGGACCUUCCAUGGCAUCAGACGCCAACUCUCAUCUUACCAACUCUGGCAGUGGUGAGAUGGGGAAAGUGAAGAAGGAACAACAAGACACAGAGGCAGAUGAUGAUAAGUUCCCAGUGUGCAUCCGGGAGGCAGUGAGCCAGGUACUGAGUGGCUAUGAUUGGACUCUAGUGCCCAUGCCCGUGCGGGUCAAUGGAAGCAGCAAGAGCAAGCCCCAUGUCAAGCGCCCUAUGAACGCCUUUAUGGUGUGGGCUCAAGCUGCCCGGAGGAAGCUGGCCGAUCAGUAUCCUCACCUUCACAAUGCAGAACUUAGUAAGACACUUGGAAAGCUCUGGAGAUUAUUGAAUGAAAGUGACAAACGACCUUUCAUUGAAGAAGCAGAGCGGCUAAGGAUGCAGCACAAGAAGGACCACCCUGAUUAUAAGUACCAACCACGGCGUCGGAAAAAUGGCAAGGCUGCCCAGGGAGAAAAUGAUGGCCAGGCUGAUGGGGAAGCUGGUGGAGCUGCAGCUAUCCAAGCCCACUAUAAGAAUGCCCAUUUGGACCAUAGGCACCCUGGAGAAGGAUCUCCCUUGUCUGAUGGACACCCUGAACACUCUUCAGGUCAGAGCCAUGGACCUCCCACACCACCAACUACUCCGAAGACAGAACUCCAGACGGGUAAGGCUGACUCCAAACGGGAUGGGCGUUCCCUUGGGGAAGGAGGAAAGCCUCACAUCGACUUUGGCAAUGUGGAUAUCGGGGAGAUCAGCCAUGAAGUGAUGUCCAAUAUGGAGCCCUUUGAUGUCAACGAGUUUGACCAAUAUCUUCCACCAAAUGGACACGCUGCUCACCCAGGCCAUGUGGGGGGUUAUGCCACAGCUGCUGGCUAUGGCCUUGGCAGUGCCCUGGCUGCAGCCAGUGGACACUCUGCCUGGAUCUCCAAGCAGCAUGGAGUCUCUUUGUCUGCUGCCACAUCCUCGGUGGUAGAUUCGAAGACACAAGUGAAAACAGAGGGCUCUACUCCUGGGGGUCAUUAUACUGACCAACCCUCCACUUCCCAGUUAGCUUACACAUCCCUCAGUCUGCCCCACUAUGGCUCAGCUUUUCCCUCUAUAUCCAGGCCCCAGUUUGACUACCCUGAUCACCAACCUUCAGGACCCUAUUACAGCCACUCUAGUCAGGCUUCUGGUCUCUACUCGGCCUUCUCAUAUAUGGGGCCCUCCCAGCGUCCUCUGUACACUGCCAUCUCUGACCCAGCCCCUUCAGUGCCACAGUCCCACAGUCCCACACACUGGGAACAGCCUGUGUAUACAACCCUCUCAAGACCCUAGGGAAUGGGGAGCAGUGACCAAAGCAGCAGCGGAAAGGCUCCAAAGAAUCAGCCCCAGAAGAUGAGCCUCCAAGUUCCAAGGUCUUUUGGUGUCAUCCAGUCGCCAGAACUCACAGAAUAUCCGGGGAUGUCUAUCAUCACCACAGUUAUCGAUGGCUCACCUGGCUGGAGGAAGGUUCCCAACCACCCCCCAUACUCCCAGUCCCUGAGUGGCUUUCAAGAUCCCAUAGGCCUUCUAAAGGAGGGUGAUUCUAGGCAUGGAGCAACAAGUCACGGCUGGUUUUUG